AUGACAAAACAGGUGCCUUGUCAGGGUUAGGUAGAACACUUUAGAUUUGGCAGGCCUGGAAGAUUUUUAUCAUUUGCACAAAUGCAGUGACCUGCAUAUUUUGUGAGCAUACUCUUUCUCAUUAACUUAUCAAGGCUAAAAAUUUCAGUACAUGUACACCGUUGGAUUACAGCCAGGGAAGAACACAGUAAAAGUCAACAUUAAGCACAGAACAGAGCCGACACAUUACUGAGAAAAGGCCAAAACAGGGUAAGUGAGGCAGAAUAGUGCAGUAAACACAGAGCAAGGUCAAGCAAUGAAAGCGGAAUAAAGUGAUGCACGAAGCACCAUCACAAAACUGAAACUGAUGUUGAACGCUGGUUUGUCUGUUGAAUUUACAAGUGCUUUUCCAUCAAUCCAACUGACAGUAUGAUACUGGAGUGUCUCAACACCAUACUUCUAGCAUCUCAAUUCAUCACCUUCAGUGGAGCGCAGACAUCCCAAGAUGCUAACUGCAACACUGUCUGUCAGUAUGCACAGGAGGAUCAAGAUGUCGACUGCACAGACCAAGGCUUGACUGAUGUCCCUCAGGGAUGCAGCCCCUUCAUGGAGGCAAUGGACCUGAGGGAAAACAGCCUCAGGUACCUGAGUCCUGGUACCUUUAAUAGAUAUAGGCGACUGAAAUACUUAGACCUUGCAUUCAACCAGAUCUCCAAUAUCUCAGCAGGGGCCUUUAAGGGGUGUAUUUCACUUGAGAAAAUCUACUUACAGAGAAACCAGUUGAUGAAGGUCCAGGAAGGGACAUUUGAAGGAGCAACGAAUCUCAUUGGACUCUACGUGAAUGAGAAUGAUAUCUCCCAUUUGCAUAGUGGUGCCUUUCGUGGCUUGGAUAACCUACAGUACCUGGACACUGGAGACAAUGAACUACAGUUCCUUCCACUUGGAAUCUUUGAUAGCUUGAAUCAAUUACAGUUCCUCAGUUUGGCCAAUAACAACCUUCAAUCCAUAAGUGGCUUCCUUUUUAAUGGGUUAUUGAAGCUGAAGACACUGAACCUCUCCGGAAACACUCUGACUUCAAUAACCAGCUUUCCAACCCUGCCCAAUCUAAGGACACUGGACCUCUAUGGCAAUGACUUACGAGACAUCGGUGACUUGGCCACAAAGAUCACUGGAUUGGAAAACUUCUAUCUGGCACAGAAUCCCAAUAUUGUUUGCACCUGCUCCAUCAAUCCUCUGCGUGAGUGGCUUGAAAUCCACAGGUCAGGCAAAGAUCCCAGCAAGAUAGAUGUGAGGUGUCAUGACCCACGGCAUUUACGGGGUCAACUACUUCAUACGCUCUCUGAGAGUUCCCUUUGUUCAAAUCCAAGCUCUGACUCUCCACGGCCAAUUACUGAACAUUCACUCACUUUGGUGAUGCAUGAAUUUACAACUGACAAUAGAGACACUGGACCAGCAUCACAUACCAAACACAGCAGGUACAUAACCACUUCUGUGAAGCUCUCAAAUGAUACAGAUAAAGAGAGGGCACAUCAACAGAAAACAGAAAAUACAACAAUCAUCUACAUAGCUGCUGGGACUGGAACCCUUCUGACUUUUAUCCUUUUUCUGAUCAUUUUAAUCACGUGUCUGGAAUGGCGGCUCUGGAGGAACACAGGAAAAAGUCGAGCACUUAAAUCAAAACAGCGUAAACCACCACAUGAUAGGCAACAGACAAUACCAAUGAUGCAUAUCACAGCCAACAGAUGCAUCCAGGAUGAUGGCGCUUAUGAACCUGUCCGACCCAGCCUGAUAAACAAUACCAACUUCAGGUCCCAGAAUGAUCUCAAUGCAGUGUCUGAGGAAACCCAGUUGUGGGUGGACCAAAACCAUAAUGCUGUUCCAGACGACCUGGAUGAGGCUAACCCAUAUAACACCAGCAUAGGAGAUUGGAAUGCACAGAUCCCCUUGACAUCAUCAAUGGACUCAUCAAAACACGAUGAUACUCCCCCAGAGCAAGAGAGUGUCUGCACAAACCACAUCUUAAGCAAUCUGCCAGAGGGCACUCAAGCUGUUUCUACUACAGAGGGACCUUAUCAGAAGCAUGAAACAGCCUCCGUGUAUGUGCCACAUACUGUGUUUUCACCAAAUGCUUAAUUAAUGCUGCAUUAAGAGAUACGAUCCGCAUGUAUGAGUAACUACAUGUAAGCUACAAUGUACUCCCUACAUUCAUGGAAACUGAUACACUGAUGAACACAACCUAUAGCAGAACAGCUCUCAUUGAGGAUCUACCAGUAUUUGCAAUGAUUCUUCUCUGAAUAAGUUAUGAAGUCUUGACAGAGAAACUGAAAAGAACAGACAGUCCAUGUAUGGUCAUCAGCAGUACAUGUAGAUCAACAAAGAAGUGAUUCCUCACCCUCCGAAGAAGAACGUUGAGAUUAUGAAAAGUCGUAAUUUCCUAAUGUCUGUGAUGGUUGUACUGUGUAUAGGCACUUCUUUUAAGGCAAAAGUUUUACACAACCGAGGGUGUACAUGAACUGCAAAAUCUGGCCAGCCGGGCAAAAUGGAGAUAACUUUCUAAAAUUAAAACAACAGGUCUAUAGAUGCUUUUCUGAAGUACAAAAAAUGAAGGUGGUGGCAAGCAAAAAAUAAUCACUUUUCUUUUCAGACAAUGGGAGGGGGAGGAUUAGAAAAAGCAUACACCUGUUUGACCCUUGUGAAAGUGAUAAAAAAAGAGGUGGUUGGCCCUUUGGCUGGCCAUUAGAGGGAGGAAAAACUUAAUUGCCUGUGAGGUACAUGUAAAUCCCUUUAUUUUUUAAGGCUAUUGAACACUGCAUAAACACAAAAUUUGCUCUUUCUAAUAAGAGCUACAUAUACGAUUACAGAACGUACUAAAUGUGUAACGCUUCAAUCAUUUUAUUGAACUCUAUUUCUUAUCAAAUUAUUUCUUAUAUUAAGAGUUCAAAGUAACACUGCCAAUUCUGUUUAUACUUUGGAAUGCAAAUUUAUUUUGAUUUGUUAUUGAAAAGACAACUUGAACAACCUUCAGAAAAUAUUCAAUCAUUUUCUUUUACAAAGGGAAUGAAAUUCAGUAAAGAGUAAACAUAGCAGCAUUUGUUAAUAAUAAGGAAAGAAGGAAUUGACAGAUGGACUUCAAGACACUCUUUAUGAAUACAUGUGUAGUAACUGCCAAAAAUAUAUGCAGUUUAUACAGUGUAGUUUUUGCAAAUAAACGGGUGAAACAUUCAGUGGAGAAACACGAUGAAGACAAAGGUCAUGAGUUUAACAUCAUUUGGAUGCAUACAUGUACAUACAUGUACAAUGUACGUGCAAUAGAUGCACUUGAAAUUGCAACAUUAGAUAUUUGGGCCAAAUUUUUUUAUUCUGUCUUCAGUCAUUUGAAAAUAUGCAGUAAAAGUUCUGAUUUAACUGUUUCAACAGUGAAACUAAAUGUAUAUUGUAUAUUAACAGAGUGAACUUUGGGACACAUUGUAGUUCUAAAGCAAAGCUUUCAGUCCUUCUGUAAUACAUUUUAAAAAAAGAAAUACUCAGACAGAAAUCAAAUGGAGAUAACGCUAAACAGACAAUUAUAAAAUUCCAAUUACAUGACAUGAGGCAACACAAUCCUCCACUACGUAUUUCCCCCAUGUGGCUGUUUAUUUGCUCUGGGGCCUAUUUUGUGUAUACCUUUCCAGAGGUGUCUUUUCAUGAAUAUUGCACACUUUACUGUAUAAAUUUUGUGCAUAAAUUAACAUUAUCAGUUGUACUGAUAAUAAAGAUAAACUGAACUUC